UCCAACAGGUUAGCUUUUCUUGGCCACAAAUUUCUGUCCAGCAGAACCCAUGAUCAGCCAAAUCAUCACCUCCACUUCCAAUUCAAUCAAAUUGUGAAAAAUAUAUUCUUAUAUCCGGUAGUUCACUCGUUUUCUGUCACGAUGUAGUACGUUCAGAAUCAUCAACUAUAAAUAGCAUGGUCUCUCCAUAGUCUCUCCCACGAAACAAUCAGUCUUCCACUCUCAUUUACUUGCAAUAUUGAAGACCUCUACCCCGAUCGUGUUCUCUUAAGUGCCCUUAAUUAUAUUGAAGCCUCCCUUGAGAUUAACAGCUAGCCUUAACGAAAAAUGGCUCCAUACAGGUCUCUAGCUUUGAUUGCAUUGCUCGUGAUCAUGUCAGCUAUAGAAUCUGAGAGUCGGGUUGCAAGAAAAGACUUGGGUGUGGAUCUUGGUGGUGUGGGAGUUGGGCUUGGAGCAGGAGUGGGCGUGGGUUUAGGAGGUAGUGGCUCUGGGUCUGGAGCUGGGUCUGGUUCUGGUUCAGGAUCAAGUUCCGGGUCAAGUUCGUCCUCUUCAUCCUCAUCCAGGUCCAGUUCAAGCUCUAAUGGCGGGUCUGACGCAGGCUCUGAAGCGGGUUCCUAUGCUGGGUCUCGAGCAGGAUCAGGAUCAGGAUCAGGUGGUAGACAAGGUGGUGGAGCAGGUUCCGGUUCUGGACAUGGAGAGGGAUACGGUGAGGGUUCUGGCAGGGGAAGUGGGUCUGGCAACGGUGAAGGCUAUGGCGAGGGUCGUGGACAAGGAUCGGGCUAUGGCAGUGGAAGUGGUAACUAAAUGAGAAAAAUAAUUAAUACCAGUGUGGUGAAAAUAAAAAUAGAACAGCUCACCGUUUGAUAUAUAAAUAAAUAAACAGAUUGUAGAAUCAUAAGAGCACUCCUUCGUCCAUGGAGUCUUUAACCUAGUUUUCUACCUGUUAUGUAGCUCAUGAGUCCCUCCUGUUGCCUAAUAUAUUAUCGUUGUGUUCAUGCGCAUGGCUUAUCAAAUAAUUUACCAUCCUUGUAUUUCUUUUGAUGUCACCUUACGGUAAUGACAUUGCCAUCAUGAGCUUCAAGCAUUUUA